AAAAAUCAUCAACAAUAAAGGUGGAAGAGUCUCAUCACAAUAUAUAUUACCGCCUCCCUCUGCAUUGUUUGUUCUGCUUCCCGGCGGCGGCGGCGGAUCGCCAUGGAAAACAUCGGCGAGGAGUAUGAACACUACUGGGAGACUCACACCUUUCUCCAAUCGGAGGAAUUAGACCGGUACUUGGAGGAGGCGAUUCCGGCGGCGGCGGCGUACUACGAUUCGAGCUCGCCGGACGGAUCGGCGGCGUCGAAGAACAUAGUGUCGGAGAGGAACCGGCGGAAGAAGCUCAACGAGAGGCUGUUCGCGCUCAGGGCCGUCGUUCCCAAAAUCACCAAGAUGGACAAGGCUUCGAUCAUCAAAGACGCGAUCGAGUACAUCCAGGAGCUGCGCGAACAGGAGAGGGCGAUUCAGGCGGAGAUAUGGGACCUGGAAUCCUCCUCCAUCUGCAGGAAUAAUGCAAAUGGGAACAAUAACAACAACAACUACAAUGGCGUGUUUGAGUUUGAGUUUGAAUUCGACGAGGAUGCGGCCGGAAUGAGCUGCUCGAAUUCGAAGGCGGCCAAGAGGAGUAAGGUAGGCGAGGAAGGGGAGGACGAGGAGAGGGCGUGGGUUCACCGCCACCGCCACCGCCCUAACGACUCCUCGUCCUCCUCCCCUGAUAAUCCUCCUCCUUCCCCUCCUCUUCACGUGCUUGAGCUGAGGGUGUCUUCAAUGGGGAAGAAAACAUUGGUGGUGAGCCUAACGUGCAGCAAAACAAGGGACAGUAUGGUCAAACUGUGUGAGAUUUUCGAGUCCCUCGACAUCAAAAUCAUCAGUGCAAACAUUACUGCCUUCUCAGCCACCCUCCUCAACACUCUUUUCAUUGAGGCAGAAGAGGAAGAGAAGGAUCUAUUGAAAAUAAGGAUUGAAAGCGCCAUUGCAACAUUGAACGAUCCAGAUAGUCCGAUGGGAAUCUAAAACAUUAAUGAAACAUAUAUGCGACGAAAGAAAAAAAAGAAGAAGAAAAGUGAGAAAAUGAU